AUGGCGGACUGCGCUCCACUAUUAGAUGAGGAACUCUCGUCCUUCGUCUUCAAUUACCUGACAGAGAACUCCGGCAGCCAGUAUGGGGAGGAGGAGGUGUGUUCGGACCGCUUGGACAAUGACUUCCCGGACAUCGACCUCUCCCAGCUGGACACCAGCGACUUCGACAGCGUCAACUGCCUCAGCGAGCUGCAGUGGUGCAACGACCAGCCGGCGGGCGCGUCGCCGGCCUCCAUCCGCUACAGCGCGGCGGACGAGCUCUUCGAGAUAGAAGAGGAGAACGCGGCGCUGCUCGCCGCGCUGACCGACAGCCUGGACGGCAUGGUGGACGCCGAGGUGGGCGGGCUCUCCGUCUUCCCCGCCCUCGGCGAGGGGCCCGACGGCGAGGGCGACGACGAGGACGACGACCUGCCGCUCGACUUCAGCCAGUCCAUGGGGGCGGAGACGGACGACCCCUCUCUGCUGAAGCAGCUCCUGCUGACUCCUCCCAACGUUCCCGCCGCCGCCACGACCACCGCCGCCGCCGCCGCACACAAACAACGAGCCCACGGCCAUCGCUAUAGCAACAGAAGCCUGCAGCUCCGGCCCACGAGGCCCCCGGUCAAGAGCGACCUCCGUCAGGACCGGAAGCCCCGGGCGGUGCGCCCGGCGGGCCGCCUGUGCACCGAGCUCCACCGCCACCUCACCACGGCGCCGGACACGGAGGAAGACGAGGAGGAAGAAGAAGAGGACGACGAGGACGACAGCGAAUCGGAGGACGACGACGAGGAGGAGGAGGAGUCCUCCGGCGGCGAGGUGGAGUGCGCGGCGGCCGCGACGCCGACCCCGCCGCCGGCGUCGGCGCCGCCCGCCGAGCCGGCGCCGCCUCAGUUCGGCUCCGAGAAGGAGCUGCGCUCGGUGGUGGAGCUCAUCACCUACAUGCACACCUACUGCCUCCCCGCGCGCAAGCAGCAGGGCUGGGAGCGCAAGGAGCGCGACGCGCCGCGGCCCCGCGCCCGCGCCGAGGCGCCGCGCCCCGCCGCCGCCAGGGUCGUCCUGGUGGGCGGCGCCGCCCCCAGGAGGCUGCCCUUCGCCAGGAGGCGGGAGGCGAAGGCCGACUCCCUCCUCCGCGAGCUCCUGCAGCAGAGCGGCUGCUACGACGUGAGCCAGCCUUACAGACUGCACGGCCCCCCCUACGCCCACCCGCACGGCGCCGCGAGGCCCGCCCACGCCGGCGCGGCCAGAUCCGCCGCCCCGAAGCCCUCGGCGUGGCGUAAAGACUCCUCGUCCCCCGAGAGGAGAAGCCGCUCCCACGAGGCACUCCGGAGCCACGAGGACGCGGAGGCGGCGGCGGAGGACGGCGGGUCCUUCUCCGUCCGGCGCUCGCGCCGCCUGGCGUCCUUCCCCAGCCGCUUCGCCGAGAGGCUGCGGCCCGGCCGGGCGAGGGACGGGGAGAGGAGGGAGGAGAGGGAGGCGAAACUCCUGCUGACGCACGCCGGAGGCCGGACCACGGCGACGGAGCGGCUGGCGGCGAGCAGCGAGCGGGACGAACCGUGCUGCCACCACGAGAAGCGAGGCUGCCUCUGUCUGACCUUCGACCCCAAAACCACCGGGGAGUCCCAGUACAGCACCAAGCCCUUCGAGCAGACGCUCGGCGUGGAUCUGUGUGGAACGGCAGGUCUGACUCCGCCCACCACCCCGCCCCACAAGCCGGUGGAGGACGAGCUCUUCAAACCGGCGGAGGGAGGAAAGGACGAAGGCGGCGGCGACCUCUCGGCCUCGAGCGCCGCCGCCUCGUCCCGGCCGAGCCGCGCGCCGCACCGCCAGCGGAAGCUUCCGCAGCAGACGGAGCUGUACGCCCAGCUGCGGCGCACGGGCCAGGCGGGCGACGACACGCACCGCGCCUUCGGCGACCACGACUACUGCGCGCUGAGCCUCGGCGAGAGCCGCGAGCGCAGCGCCGCCAUGCUGGGCGCCAUCCUGCAGGCGCAGGGCGGCGGCCGGCCGGCCCGAGACGCCGAGGACCGGGCGGGGCGGCGGACGGACGGCGGCGGCGAGAGGACGGCGGCGUCGGGGGGCGGCGGGCAGCCAGAGCGGCAGAGCGCCGCGCCGGCGGUAUCGCCGUCGACGCCGUUGCCGAUAUCGACGGCGACGGCGUCUGCCGCCACGCCGCCGGUCUCGGAGGAAGAGGCGGAGCGCUCGUCCGCGUCCCGCUCGCCCUCGCCCAUCCUCCACCUCCGCGCCGACUCCCCCGCCAGCAAGACGGACUCCAGUGAGAACUCUGAGAUCUGCCCCGACGACAAGCAGAGGAACAAAGCCAAGUCUGACGAGGACAACUGCCAGGUGUUCUACAUCCACAACCUGCCGACCAGCGUGACCCAGAACAUGCUGCGGAAACGCUUCCAGGUGUUCGGCAAACCCGAGGACUGCAAAGUCAUCAUCUGCAACGAGGAGCGCUGCGGGGUGAUAAAGAUCCGCCAGACGGGGGUCCAAAAGCACUGGAGGGAGCGGGAGACCGUUUUCCAGAACGAGCCCCCGGGCCUCAGGAGGCUGGCGAGGAAACGCUACAUCGACCUCGACGAGGCGGGUCCGGGUCCCGUGAAGAGCAAGUACGACGCCCUGGACUUCGACACUCUGCUGAAGGAGGCCCAGAAGUCCCUGCACCGCUGACGGGCGCCACGGUGGCCCCUGGGGGCCCCCGGGGGCCGCCCCUCCACACGGGCCUCUUAGUAUCUCCAUGCAAGGCAACCUCGCAAAAUGUUUACAUUUUUACCAAUGGAAUAAAGUAAUGUUUAGGACCUCGUUGAUUUUUUUUUUUUUUGGGGAACGUUUCUUUCACCGGAGGACACCGCUUUUUAAAAAACAAACGAGGGAGCCGCCAGAGAGACGACGGAGGAGAAGAAAACAGGAUUUUAAUAACGGCGACGCCAGAACGACGACGAUGACAUCAUCGGCGAGCGGGCGUGACAGACCUCUGAAGCGAGUCCCCUUGCUGUUCCUGCGUUGCGUUGGUCGUCGUGGUGUCGCGUGUGUGUGUGUGUGUGUGUGUUUUUGUUCCGUUCGUUUUGUAAAAAAUAAAACUUCCCGCUCUUUCCCGGUACUCGAGCCGCGCGUCGCCGUGACGACGUGCGUGCUGCAAAAACAAAAAAACAGAAAGCAAAAAUAAAUAAAUAAUAAUAAUUAAUUAUUACGCCCGGCUUUUUGUUUUAGCGGAGAAAUUGUAGAUGUUCAACAAAAAAAAUGGUGUGUGUGUGUGUGUGUUAUGGACAAAGAAUAUACACAACAACAAAAACAUUUAAUCAUUUGAUGACUGAGAAAAGUUUACAAAUCUAAAAUGAAGAUGAAAAAAAUUAAUCAUGUUGUUUUUUUUGUUUGUUUUUUAAUUGUAGUGCUUCCUUGAUUUGAUCUAUGCACUGUAAGGAGGCCACGCCCUCCUCCGCGCUCUCCCUCUCCCCCCUCUCUCUCUCUCUCCACUCUGCCAUGAUGACUACUUUUGGCUGCUUCAGGCAUCCGUCUGGUCCGCUUUGUGCGCAUCAAGACCCCGACCCGGUCCUGGGGGAACACGACACUCUAAAAAAAAAAAACUACAGCGCUUCAAGACGCCAUUGACUCAAACAUCCUCUUAUGUGACAACAACAACAAAUAUAUAUAUAUUUACGUUCUUCGUCGGUCGAUUCCGGGUCAGAGUGUUUCCCGCGUUCGUUGGGGUCUUGAUGUAUGUGUAUAUAAAUAUGAAUAUUAAUAUAUGUGGUAGGGCCCCACAGCCAAUGCAACACUUACUGUUUACAUUUGGCCUGCAGCAAGCAGGGCGAGGGAGACGAGACGAUAGCCAUAGACGCCGCUUCGCAAACCUCAUAACUCGGUGGGGGGUCCGACCCGGUCCGGAUCUUUUACGAGCUCGAUUGUCUGGUGUCGGGGGGGGGGGAAACCGGGGACCAAUCCGCUCCCCAUAGUCCACCUGUAGAACUGUUCCGGAAGGAGGCGGGGCCUGUGGGUCCAGACGGAAUGUAUUCAACAGUCUGAAUGUAACCGCAGGGGUCUCCCCCCCCCCCCCCAUGCACGCUCGACCAGAGACUGUGGCGUCUCUCCCUCUUUAUUUCUUCUUCUCUUCUUUUUGGUGCUUUUUAAAAAACAACAGAAAGGUGUGUGUGUGUGUGUGGGGGGGGGGGGGGGGGGGUAGAGUUGCUUCGGGCCGCCUCGUUAACAUUCCCGACGCAGCCAGUAGCGACCGGACCUGCCGGUAGGUUUUACGACCAGGUGGCACCACGUAACGGGAAGAACAAAGCUGGCUCCUCCUCUUCCUGUGAGGUUCCGCAUCAGCUGAGCAUCUCUACCUCACAUCCAUCCCUGUGUAAGCCCCGCCCCCCCACCCCGCCGCCAUCUUCUGGAACGUGUGUUUCCUCUCUGAGGGGUCGGGCGCUCGUGGGAAGUUCAGAGGUUUUAUUUUAUUUUUAUAUCUAUAAAUAUAUAUGACUCCUCCCACUAAGCCCCGCCCCGCCCCUACCCCGACUCCUCCUCCCACUAAGCCUCGCCCACUUUCUCUUUCUCUUAACUCGUUGCUUCGCUUGCCUCGACGGUUUUCUAUGGCGUGUCCGUUCCUUGACGGUGUGUGUGUGUGUGUGUGUGUGUGUGUGUGUGUGUGUGUGUGUGUGUGUGUGUGUUUGUGCGUGCGUGUCCUCGUGCGUGUAAAACUUGAGUGUUUCGUCUUUGUCUCGUGGUUUUGAGUCGGACGCCGCCGGCGCUUGCAGGGGGUGUGGGGGGGGGGGGAGGAGUGGGGGUCAGAGUCCCCCUCUUCUUUCACUUCGCGGCCGAGGAAUCUCAAAUAAAAACGCAGCCCGCCCCUUUUUCCUCCAACUCUUCAUCGCUUUCCGUCGCUCGUGGGUUAAAGGCCUCAUUUUCAGGCCUUUCCCCUCCUGGUCCUCCCCCUGAUAGCCCCUCCCCCCCCCCCCCCUUCCUCUAUCUAAUCAACUCCUCUGUGACAAACACAAACACAUUUGAAUGUUUACAUCACUCAGAUUCUCCUUUGACUUCAUUUGGAAUGCACACUUAGUACAAAGACGCCUUAUUCAGUGUUUUAAUUCAAAAUAUUAAUUAAUGAAGCUUAACAGCGACGUGAAGGGGCCUCGCGGUUCUCCUCCCCCGAUGUCCCCGAAAAAUAACAAAAAAAUAACGUUGUGCUAUACAUACUGAAACAAGGUGUGAACUAUUUGUUCUUUUUUUUUUAAAGACAUUUUAACAAUUUAAUCUCAAACAACUGAAUGAGUAUAUGUGCUUCGUAUGUAUACUACUAAAAAUUGAGAGAAUGUGCUGGUUUACAUAUAUAUUAAAAAAAGACAGAAAAUAUAAUAUAUGAAUAUGAAAUGUGUAUAUAGCACUAUGCCUCGUUGUAAACAUAAAAUGUACCGUGUGUUUUAUUUUGUAUUCAAGUGGCGGGUCAGCAGAUGGUCGGGUUGGUUUAUUUACAUUUUAUUUUUUUAGCACAGGGAGGAAAUUAAGGGAAAAAAAUGUCCAACACUUGUAAAAGAAAGACAAAAAAAGACACAAAGUAUCCCUUUUUCGACGAUCACGCGAGAUCACGUCCGUCUGCCGUUUGUGACGUGACUUCGAUAUUAUUUUUAACGUUUUUUUUGUUUUGUUUCACGUUUUCUUAAAGCAAUUUGAAAUGCAAUACUAUAAUAAUCUUAUCUUGAAGACAGCCUUUUUUUUCCGAAAGAAAAAAAUAACCGAGGUAAUAAUAAUGUACAGUGUGGUCUGCUGCUGUACUCCAGGUACGAAGAAAAAAAGAAAACUACGGGAAGAAUGUGGUAAUUUCAACACGUGUACAAAACCAGUACCGAUAUACUCUCGCACAAAUAACGUCCCCCGAGUGGUGAAAUAUCGAUUUGUUUUCUUCUCCUCGUUGAAAGGAAGCCAUUGUAACUAUGUUAUUACCACUUUUUGAUGGUACGCAGGUUUGUUUGAGCCUGAGUUGCAUUAAACACUUGCUUUUAUGAGUAAUAAUACAAAUAGCUUUGUACGUGUGUGACUGGGAAAAGGAACUGGGAAAGGAACAAAAGUGAAGACUUGAGUGGACCCCAUUGACGCUGUAGAACCCCCCCCCCCCCCCACCCCCCAGUUUGCACCUCUAUAGCCAUCUCGGGGAAAAAAGGGUGGAAGUCAAGGGGUCUGAGAUGCCUUCAAAGUCAUGGGAAGUUCCUGUGAUCUCCAAAAUGUCCCAUAAAAAAGUAUUUAUGGAAGCAUUCUGUGGAUAUACACUACCGUUCAAAAGUUUGGGGUCACUUAGAAAUGUCUUUAUUUUUCAAAGAAAAGCACUGUUUUUUCAAUAAAGAUAACAUUAAUCAAAAAUACACUCUAUACAUUGUUAAUGUGGUAAAUGACUAUUCUAGGUGGAAACGUCUGGUUUCUAAUGAAAUAUCUCCAGAGGUGUAUAGAGGCCCAUUUCCAUCAUCACUCCAGUGUUCUAAUGGUACAUUGUGUUUGAUCAUCGCCUUAGAAGACUAAUGUCUGAUUAGAAAACCCUUGUGCAAUUAUGUUAGCACAGCUGAAAACAGUUAUGCUGGUGCUAUAAGCUAUACAACUGGCCUUCCUUUGAGCUUGAAGUUUGAAGAACAAAAUGAAUACUUCAAAUAUUAAUCAUUAUUUCUAACCUUGUCAAUGUCUUGACUAUAUUUUCUAUUCAAUUUUCAAUUCAUUUGUUAAAUAAAAGUGAGUUUUCAUGGAAGACACGAAAUUGUCUGGAUGACCCCAAACUUUUGAACGGUAGUGUAUAUCUGACUUCCACUUAUUUGAGAGACCUAGAGGCGUGCGGUGGGAUUUCCACAGCGGCGAGGGCUUCAGGAGCCGAUUGACGUUGAAACAAACCCCCAUUUUCCAUCAAUGCAAGCCUUAAGAAUCAAUCUGGAGGAGGGGGCGGGGCUAGGCUUCCACUAGCUUUCAUUGGUGCCGUUUCAACUCCUUUCCAAUCCAAUGUGGUUCAUCAUUAAAUGAUUACUGACGUAAUUAUGACUUUUUUCAAUAGCCAUAUUAUAAUAAAAAGGUAUAUACAUAUAUAUGAAUAUAUAUAUAUUUGUGUGUUUGUGUAGAUAUCUAGAUUAUUAUAUACUUUCUUAUAGAAAACUUUGAUGUUGACCAUUCUCCUCAGUGUUGACACAUUUCAACAUGAUACUGCUGUACCGAUUGGUCCAGGAGGGGCUGGAGGCGGGUCGAUGGACGACGAAUCAAGAAUGAUAAAAUAGAUAAAGACAAAAAACAAAAAGAAACAUCCUUCCAAAAGGGAACUUACCCCUCGUUAGAACGCAAUACCGUUUCUUUCCGUUCUUCAUUUCAGAAAAGAAAAAAAAUGGACGACGGCAAGAAAAAAACACAAAACUUGACAGGCAGGUUGACCAAAAAUAAAUAAAACAUACACAAUAAAAGCUCGCAAAAAAAUACAAAAAAUGAUGGUUUUUUAAACAGAAAACGCGUCAAAAUUACGUUUGAUAGAUGUUGUCGUUUUCAAUGCCAUGGCCUACUAAAACAAACAACAACAGAAAAAAAAAAUUUCUUUGUUUUUAUGUCACUUGUUUUAGUUUUUGGAAAACAAAGCAUCAAAUAAACCUCAGAUUCCACUUUCACGUCGGAUCGUUGAAACGGUCAAACACAUAAACUAAUACGCACACCUGUCAAAUCGUCAUAGCAACAGUGAUGUCAAAUAGGCACUUAGGGAAAACAUGUGAGUGGUUUUUUUUUUUUUGGUGGAAGAAGAUAUUUUGACAUAAAGGGCAUACAUUGGUUUUUUUUGUGUUCAUUUCCAUUGAUUUUAUUGUCUCUUUACAUCUAACGACUAUCAAAUUCACAUAAAUGUGUUUUUUUUUUACUUAGAUUUUUUGGUAAAAAGAAAAACAAACAAAAAAAGGUAAACACUGUUAGUGAGAUUUUAUAUUUUUUACAUAUGUUGGUUUUAUUUGCGUUUAUUUUUUUCUCUGUAUUUAUACGCCACUUAGUUUGGAUGUCUUUUAAAUUGUGUGUUUUUUUUCUUCUCCGUUUCGUGUGAUUUCAUAUGUCUUGAGAAUGUGGAGACAAAAGGCAUUUCAGUAUUUUUGAAUUGUUAAAAUCUAGUUUCAUAGAAGCGGAAGUAUCUGAUGUUAUAAAUUAUAUUUUAAUUCAUGUAAAUAGUUUAAAACAGAAGACCGUGGCUUCCUUUUAAACUGAAUACAUUUCUCGUCAGAGAUUGUUUACAUUAUGAAACUGUAGAGAUGUGCUCCUCAUAUACUGUAUAAAGUACAUAUAUUCAUUGAUUUGCCUCAAAAAAAAUAAAAUCCUAAUGAACAGCUUU